AUCCCAUGCAUGCAUCGACCAACUCUGGCAUGCCCUCGCUUCUUCUUCCUCCUCCCCACCUCCUCCUCCCCUCUCCCCCCCUCCCUCCAGGCUCCACCUCCCAAGCCCGCUCGCCGAUCGAGGGGCGCGGCGCGGCGCGGCGAAUAGUAGUGUAGAUUGAAUUUAAUUAAGUAGAGGCGACCGGCGAUGUCGUCUGCCGCGGUGAUGCCGACGCCUAGCAUGAACUCCUCGUCCGCCGGCGCGGCGGCCGCGGCGGCGGCUGCGGAGGGGGGUGGUGGCGAGGACGAGCGGCGGGCGCGCGCGCUGUCGUCGUCGUCGUCGUCGUCGCUGCGGCAGCGCGCGAUGAGCGCGUCGUCGAAGCUGCUGCGGACGUCGCUGAGCAGGAGCAGCAAGGGGGUGGGCGGGCGGCAGCGCAGCAGCAAGGUGAUGUCGGUGUCGAUCGAGGACGUGCGCGACGCGGAGGAGAUGCGGUCGGUGGACGCGUUCCGGCAGACGCUGGUGCUGGAGGAGCUCCUCCCGGCGCGCCACGACGACUACCACAUGAUGCUCCGCUUCCUCCGCGCCCGCAAGUUCGACAUCGAGAAGAGCAAGCAGAUGUGGACCGACAUGCUCCAGUGGCGCAAGGAGUUCGGCUCCGACGGCAUCCUCGACGAGUUCCAGUUCGAGGAGUUGGACCAGGUGCUCGAGCACUACCCGCAGGGCCACCACGGCGUCGACCGCGACGGCCGCCCCGUCUACAUCGAGAAGCUCGGCCUGAUCGACACCAACAAGCUGCUCCAGGUCACCAGCAUGGACCGCUACGUCAAGUACCACGUCCGCGAGUUCGAGCGCGCCUUCGCCAUCAAGUUCCCCGCCUGCUCCAUCGCCGCCAAGCGCCACAUCGACCAGAGCACCACCAUCCUCGACGUCUCCGGCGUCGGGUACAAAAACUUCAACAAGGCCGCCAGAGAUCUCAUCGGCCGCCUCCAGAAGGUUGAUGGCGACAACUACCCAGAGACUCUCUGCCGGAUGUUCAUCAUCAACGCCGGUCAGGGAUUCAGGCUUCUCUGGAACACCGUCAAGUCCUUCCUCGAUCCCAAGACCACAGCCAAGAUCCACGUCCUAGGCAACAAGUACCAGAGCAAGCUGCUGGAAGUGAUUGAUCCCAGCGAAUUGCCAGAGUUCCUUGGUGGCACUUGCAACUGCGAAGCCGGCUGCAUGCGCUCCGACAAAGGGCCAUGGAAAGAUCCUGAAAUCCUAAAGAUGGUGCAAUGUGGCAUGGGGAGAUGCGGAAUGAAUAGCUCGGGUCCUAUUGAGGCUGAUGAGAAGAUGAUCACUGAGGAUGACAUAGUGCCUAUUCCCAAGAAGCAAGAAUCAUUUCGCCGCGACUCUGUUGAUUCACCUAAGAUACCACGCGAAAAGAUCGAGCAUCCUCAGAUGUCACCACUCCAUGAGAUGUCAACUUCAGAUAGGAAGAUUCCUUCAGGCCCAGAAGGCAGCUCUACCCGCUAUGACGAUCUGUUCCCCAUGGUGGACAAGAACAUGGAGUUCAACUGGAAUGGCGAAGUCAGCGCCGAGAAGCUCGCACUCGCACGAGACAUGUACGCGUCGCUGCCGGACGCGUACAAGCACGGCGACGCCGGCGACCGGCAGGUGGUGACGGGGUUCAUGGCGUUCGUGAUGGGGGUGGUGGCCAUGUUCCGGGUGGGCAAGAUCGCGCCCAAGCGCGCCAUGGACGCGGCGAUGGGCAUCGCCACCAUGGAGGCCAUGGCCAAGAACCGGAAGCUGCUGCAGCAACAGCAGCAGCAGCAGCAGCUGACCGGGCCGGACACGGUGACUGUGACGGCGGCGCAGUACGAGGCGCUGAUCAAGCGGCUCGGCGACCUCGAGGAGAAGGUGGCGGCGCUCAGCUCCCGGCCGCCCGAGAUGCCGGCGGAGAAGGAGGACAUGCUCAAAGCCGCCGUCACCCGCGUCGAGGCCCUCGAGACCGAGCUCGAAUCCACCAAGAAACUUCUGGAGACAUCCAAUGGGCAGCAGGAGGAGGUGCUGGCCUACAUCGAGAAGAAGAAGAAGAAGAGCAAGAUGUUUUGCCUCCAACAGCAGAAUCCGUUCCGCUGGUGAUGGAUGGAUUAAGCAAGAAGAAGCGGGUGAUGAAGUUCGCAUCUCUUGUAUGCGUCUCACUGUAUAUCUGUCCCCGUUUGGAAUGAGGAAAAUUUUGCUAUUUCUACGGGAGUUGAACUGUUUCUUCUGAGAUUUCUGUGAAAUUCAUAUUACAGUAAUGUGUUUCAAAAGGGGCAUAUAUGUGUAUAGAGACAAAAGGAAAGAAAUGAGAAGAAAAACUAACAUUUGGUGCGUACUGGUCUGAACUGUGUACCCCCAUUGCUUUGUGCUACAUGUAUAUUUGUUCUCAAAA